AUGCAACAACAACAAGUUUUUCAACCUCCUCAAACUCAAGGUUAUACACAACAUAGUUAUCCUCAAGGUCCUCAACCAUACCAUCAUCAUCCUCCUCCAACUAGCUACUACCCUCAUCCCCCUCCCAACCAUCACUACGGCUAUCCUUCGCCGUAUUUUUACCCUUCGGCUCCUCCUAACUACUAUAAUCCCGCCCCUUUUCCUGCUGGAAGCACGUUCAACUCGGGUGGCAACACCAAUGGAUCCGGGAUACAGAAGAAUGGAGAUGUCAAUGUUGGUAACAGUAAGGAGAAAUCCGGGGGCGUAGACAUUGGUUCGAUUGGUGGAAAUCAUGGCAAUCAAGGCGGGCAACAAUCUUCCGGGAAUAUUACUGCUGGCAACAUUGGGUGUUAA